AUGCCUGUCGAUGCUGGUGCCCCUGCCGUGGCGCUGGGUGCGGCGCUGAACAAGCCGGUCGCAGGAGAAGCAAGCCACGUGCUGCCACCGGCCUCAGCUCCCGCUGCCCACACGGACGACGAGUACGGUGAAAUGACCACGGGUGCCCAUCAACACAUUUUCGACAGCUUCAAACUCGAGAAUGGACAGGUCCUCGAGCAGGUGCAUGUAGACUACAGCACCUAUGGCACCCUCAACGCCGCUCGAGAUAACGUCCUGGUUGUUUGCCACGCCCUGACGGGCAAUGCUAAUCUCCACACCUGGUGGGGAGGGCUCCUGGGGCCCGCCCGCGCCUUUGACACUGACCGCUAUUUUAUUGUGUGCGCCAAUAUCCUCGGCUCGUGUUAUGGUACCACCGGCCCAGCUUCACCGCAUCCUCGCGACCCCAACCAUCGACCCUAUCGCCAUCGCUUUCCCAACGUCACCGUCCGAGACACGGUUCACCUGCAUGCGCGGCUGCUGACCGAAGUUCUGCAUGUGACAGCCAUUCCCUGCGUCGUGGGUGGCUCCUUGGGUGGCAUGCAAACCCUUGAAUGGGCUGCUUCCUAUCCUGACCUCGUCCAAAGUUUCAUCACCAUAGCCUGUGGCCCAGACCAUUCCCCUUGGCAGAUUGCCUUUGGCGAAGUCCAACGGCAAGCCAUUUAUGCCGACCCCUGUUGGCAAGAGGGCAACUACACGGCUGAAGCUCCCCCCACCCGUGGCUUGGCUGUGGCGCGCCAGAUGGCCAUGGUCUCUUAUCGUACCCCGCAGGCAUAUGAACACAAAUUUGCCCGCCGCACCAACGACCGUCAAGGUACGUCGCAGUGCUUGUUAGCCCAGCAGGCACUUCAUGGCUGGCUGAUCGCCGUUGUCUAA